CCAACCUCGUUUCUUCGUUCCUACUACGCCUCCAGAUAGAUUUCGCAUCCGCACUCUGCGUUCCGACCCUUCGCCAUGCUAACUGUCCUCACUUUGAUUGUAAAAUCUGCAGAGUAAGCAGACCGCCACCUCAACUAUUCGCGUGCCCACGAACAGCCUCACAUCGACAUCCCAUCGACGCCGCCGAGAUCCGCUAUCGUCAUCCACAUUGACAAGAGAAUCCUCAUGGCCGACCAAAUGGCAGGCCAGCAAGGCCCUCCGCACUUGCGGCUGAACCCUCCGCUGUUGAAGGUUGAAGAGAUCCAGCGCGCCACUUUCCUGGAUGGAGCCACCAAGGCGAAAUAUAGCGAAGUAUUCAAGAAGCUAUGGAGCUACCUCGACACGAAUCCAGAGUCGACAGAGUACAAGAAUGCUGCCAUGAGGCUACAGGAGUUCUCGGCGAAGUUGAGACAGAUGGCGGGAACAUACCGUCAACGCAUGUCGCAGCAAGCACAGCAACAAAACCAAGGCGGGCAAGCGACUGCAAACGGGCAGCAGAAUCAAGGACAGCAGAAUCAGGGUCAAAAUAACAAUGCGCAACCGCAAUCAGUGCAACAAAGCGCACAGUCCGGGCAGAACGGUCAACAGUCACAGCAGCAACAACCACAAAGCGCAGCUCAACAAGGCCAAGCGCGACCCGAGCAAUCUGCUCAAGCGCCCAGAGGAUACCCACAAAGCGUCAUCAACCAUAUCCAAACAUUUCCUUUCGUUCUACCUCUCGGCUUGGAUCCACGCAGUCCAGAGGGGAUAGAAAAGCUGAAGAAUAUUAAACAGGCGUACGCGACGCAGCUGACGCGCAUGGAAAGUGCCCGGGUGACUAUUGGGAAAAUCAACGCACAAUUAGACCAGCUGAACAAGAGCGGACAGCCCAUCCCUGAGAAUUUUUUGCGACAGAAAGCCGAGGCAGAGCAGAUGCACACCACGUCGCGGAAAUACGUGGAGGAUUUCAGAACGAAGCAAGCUCAGCUUACACAGGAGCUCAAGGUCCGACAAGCCGCUGCCAAACAGGGACAACAGCCUGCGAAUAUGCAAGCUUCAACUGCUAGCGCUCAAUCUAAGGUAGAAGGCAACACGGCUCCUCCUCCCCAGCAACAACAAGCCAUGCAGCCACAGCAGCAGCAACAACAGCAGCAACACCCUCAGCAGAAUCAACAGUCUCAUCAAGCCCCUCCGCAGAAUGUCGGACCAGGCGUACCCAGACCAACACAAAGCCCAGCGACCAUGGGGCAACAGCAACAGCAGCAACAGCACUUCCCGCAACAAGGUCAGACGCCGAAUAUCGGGGCGCCAAUGAAUGGACAACAUCAGCAGAAUGGUAUGCAGAAUGGUAUGAAUUUCCAGAGACCACAGCCUAUGCCUCAACAACAGAACCCCAUGAGCGCGGGCCCAGGAGGACAGCAGAAUUCUCCUCAGACCCAGGGUCCAUCGCACAACAACCCCGUGCCCCUCUCACAUCAAGAUGCCGUUAGCGCCGCGCGCUCCUAUUCCGAUCCAAGGCCAAAUGGCACUCCGCAGCAAACCUCAACGCCUGGCUUCAGCCCAGGGAACCAACGCGAUGUCACGAAUAAUCCUAAGAUGCCAAUUCCCAAGCAGCUGAACGUUCCAGCUCCGGUGCCCGUCAACAUGGGUCCUUCGCGGCCAACGAUGGGUGGUAGUGGAGCUUCUGGUAUGAUGGGUCAGCCUGUGCUGAACAAACUCCCAGGCUAUAUGCUGGAAGGCGACAGCGAACGUGUUCUUAGCAAGAAGAAGCUCGACGAGCUAGUGCGGCAGAUCACCGGCGGAGGCGACUCAGCUGGCGGCGAGACGUUGACGCCAGAAGUGGAGGAGACAAUGCUCCAGCUCGCCGACGACUUCGUCGACAACAUCAUCUCCACCGCCUGCAAGGUCUCGAAGCUGCGCGAAUCCAACCAGCUCGACAUACGCGACAUCCAACUCGUCCUCGAGCGCAACUACAACAUCCGCGUCCCGGGCUUCGCCAGCGACGAGAUCAGAACAGUGCGCAAGCUCCACCCGGCGCCCGGUUGGAACGAGAAGAUGAAGGCCCUCCAGGCAGCCAAGAUCAUGGGCGGCAAGACGGACAUGUAAAACACCAAAAAAACCAUUUUAGAUAUAUCUUUCAGGAGGAGG